AUGUGCAGACAAACGCUUGUGGAACGCGUGAACGGCUUCCUUCUUCUUCGCGAUGCGAGCGCACGGCAGGCGGCGGAAGCCUUGGCUGCGAUUGUUGUCUCCGCGAGUCUUGUUCACCUGCUGAGACAAGCGCAAGAUCGAGCCGGAGCAGCAGUAACGACCCGCGUGAGAGACGACUGCUUUGAGACACGGUCGACAAGUCUUGCCCGAGACCAGAGAAACGUCGUCAUCAGCUCGUUGGGGAGGCAAAGGAGGCGAGUGUCAGGAAUGCGCGUGAUCGCGAUGAGGGAUGGAUGGAUGGUGGAGCAAUUGCAUGAGGAUGUGGAAGCAGCGGUCGCGCGCGGGGUCUCAUCGCGGGCAUUUGAAAGCAAUCACUUGCUAGCUCUUGCGCGCAAGCGUCCCGCCCACAGCUUGACUGUAAAGAUGCUCGCGUACCACGUGGACCUAAUGCAGGGCACGUCAACGUCUCUUUGCAUGCAGCAGCAUCGCAGCGGCGGGACCGUUCAGGGCCCGGGGUCGUCAGCAAGCAAGCAAGCAAGCAGAUGCGAGGGAAGGAAGGCACCAUGCGACUUCCAUGCCCGCAAUCUACGAGGAGCGGCGUCUGAAACGAACGGUCAUACAGCUGCUGUCAGAUUGCCCUUGACGUUUCCACACGCAUCCGCAAAAAGAGCACAAGAGCGCGCUAAGCUCCCGCAAAGCCAAAUGAAGAAUCUGAAUGAAGGGGCUCUCGCAUCACUCAUGGGAGGAGGACAGCUAGGAGCAGCAGCAGCAGUAGCAAGAGCAGCGACGGUCCGGCAGUCGAUGUACAGCAGGCACGCCUCGCCUUCUGCGUUCAAGGUCACAGACGAUCUUGGGUCCACACCGCUGUUCCAAGUUGGAGUGCCGACCUUCAGCUGCUGGUUGUUGCCACACUCCUUGUACUGCUCAGAUGCUCGCAUGCAUGAGGACGGAGGGCCAAACGGAGCGCAGCAAAAUAUCGGCCCGCAUUGCAGUGCAUUGCAUUGCAUCAGACACAUGCAGUGGAGAGUCCAGUAG